AUUUGGCCAUGCAGUUUCUGGGUGCUGAGCCAAACUAUGGAGGCUUCCCCAAUUUUGCGUAUGGAAAUCAGGGGUAUAGCCAAGCCGGCUUGGCGGCGCCAGGUGCUCAAGCUGCUCCGGCGGCUCCGUUCAACGGCCGGAAAGAUGGGAAGAAUGGAAAAUCCAAAGGGAAGGGCAGCUCCAAAGGCGCUAACGGAAAUGGACAUUGGGCUGCCGCAACCAGCGAGGAGGCUCUUUCGGGCUUUGACGCCAUGUCAGCAGCAGCCUCCAGCUAUGUGAAGAAAGCGCCCAAGCAGGUGAAGGCCCCUGCUGAGAUGAACGUGCCGAACUAUGAGGAGAAGAAUCCUUACCGCUUGAAGAACCACAUCCGCGCCUGGUAUACCGAUGGUUCCAGCAAGGAUGUGCCGCAACCAUACACCAGCUAUCCAGAGGCCAACCUUCCGCGGCCUUUGUUGGAUGCCUUCAAAAAGGCUGGCUUCCAAGCACCAACGCCGAUUCAGGCGCAGGUGUGGCCCAUCUUAGAUCAAGGUUGGGAUGUGAUUGGCAUCGCCAAGACGGGUUCCGGCAAGACGUUGGGUUUCCUGGUCCCCGCGUAUCGCUGGAUGUGGUCCAGCCCCUCCAGUGGAGUUCGGACCUUGAUCUUGGCGCCCACCCGAGAGCUGGCCACCCAGAUCCAUGAUGAGGCCACAAAGUUUGCCUCAGCUUCAGGGUGUUCCUCUGCCUGCGUCUAUGGUGGUCAACCCAAGAGGGAACAGCUACCAGCAGUGCGAGCUGGAGCUCCCAUUCUGGUUGCUACCCCUGGAAGGCUCAAUGACUUCUUAGAGUACAAGGACAUCAACCUUGGUGCUGUUGGCUAUUUGGUGUUCGAUGAAGCUGACCGGAUGCUGGACAUGGGUUUCGAACCUCAAAUCCGAGACAUCAUGAAGAAGGUGCCCAAAAAUCGACAGACGCUGAUGUUCAGCGCGACAUGGCCUGAGGAGGUUCAACAACUGGCGCAUGACUUCUUGAACAUGCCCAUCCAUGUGCAAGUGGGCAAUACAUCCAGUUUAUCCGCCAAUGAAGACAUUUCGCAGGAGGUUUGGAUGCUGACCUCCGCAGAUGAUAAAGAUGCUGCUUUGGUGGAAGCUCUUCAACUCUAUGGUGGGCCGGGCCAGAGGAUUCUGGUUUUCGUCGCCAUGAAGAAGCAAUGCGAUAUGAUCAUGCGAAUGCUUCGCAAGUACAGUAUCGCUGCCAACACCAUGCACAGUGACAAGGACCAGGCUCAGCGAGAGGAAGCUCUACAACAGUUCAAAUCCGGUGAGACGAGCGUGCUGAUUGCCACCGAUGUGGCAGCACGUGGUCUGGACAUCAAAGGAGUGACCAUGGUGGUCAACUAUGACAGUGCCAACAGCGCAGAAGAUCAUGUCCAUCGGAUCGGGAGAACCGGUCGCGCGGGUCAGAAAGGCUACAGCAUGACCUUCCUCACGAAAUCAGGUGAAGAUGCUUGGAAAGCCAUUGACAUCGCGGAAGUCAUGAAGAAAGCGGGUUCACCCGUACCUCCAGAGAUGCAGCAGGUGGUCGAUCAAAUGCUUUGGAGGCGCCAGAAGUCGCAGCAAAACGACAAUCGCUGGGACCAUCUGCCAAAGGUGCUGAUGGUAGCAGAAAAGCCAUCCGUCGCGAAGCUCAUCGCAGAGUUUCUCUCCGGUGGUCGGAUGCGAUUCCGCAAAGGUCAGAGCAGAGCUGUUCAGAUCUACGAGUUUAAUGCCUACUUUCCACCAGCUCAUCAACAGUGCCGCAUCAUGCAGACCUCCACCAUUGGGCACGUCUUCGGAUUGGAUUUCAAAGACAACCGGCCCAAAGACAUCGCGGAAUUGUUCCACGAUCCCUGCAAGAAGACCAUCGAGGAUAGCACUGCCAAGAAUCGGAUUGUUGAGCACUUCCAGGAGUUGGCCGCAGAAGCCGAUUAUUUGGCCCUGUGGUUGGAUUGCGAUAAAGAGGGCGAGAACAUCUGCUUUGAGGUGAUUUCAUUGUGCGAGAACAUCCAGAGAGAGAACAUCUACAGGGCUCAAUUUUCCGCUCUCACUGAACCGGAGCUGAAGGGAGCCUUCAACAACCUGGGGCGCCCUGAUAAGCUCCAAGCCCAAUCAGUGGAUGCACGACAGGAGCUGGACCUGAAGAUCGGAUGCAUCUUCACUCGCUUGAUGACGCGACAGUACUUACGCUACGCCGUGGACAAAUUCCGGCUGCGAGAUCAGACCUGCCUAUCCUAUGGACCCUGUCAGACACCGACCCUAUGGUUUUGCGUGGAACGACACAAGGAGAUCCAAAACUUCCAGAGGCAGGAGUUCUUCAAACCAAAGGCCUCCAUCACUUUGGAGGGUUGGCCACUGGAGUUCGAUUGGUUGGAGGACCAAACCUUCGAUGCAGGUCGCAUUCAGACCCUACAAGCACGUGCUGGUGCGGCGAAACAAGCCACGGUGAAAGAAUUGAGGACAACGCCCAAGACUUUGAGAAAGCCCGUUGGUUUGAACACUGUGCAGUUGCUGAAAGCUGCAAGCACCGGAUUGGGUAUGUCGCCCGUGCAGUGCAUGAAAGUGGCUGAGCACUUGUACACAUCUGGCUACAUCUCGUACCCAAGAACAGAGACUACCAGGUAUUCCGAUACUUUCGAUCUCCAUUCUGCUUUACGCGAGCAGGCGGACCACCCCGCCUGGGGGAAGACGGUGAGUCAUCUCUUGAGACAAGGGCAGAUUCGAAAUCCAAAGACGGGCCGUGAUGUGGGUGAAGGCCUAAGGAUGGCGCUGUUGGAUGAAGCUGUUGCUGGGUGA